CCCAGAGAGCUCCCAGCCGCCGCCGCCGCCUCCUCCGCCUCCUCCCUCGGUCCCUCCCCCCCGCCAUGGCUGCCUAGAAGACCCAGCCGCCCGCCCGCCCGCCUGCUUGCUGCCUCGCCAACUACUAUGACCGGAGUGUUUGACAGAAGAGUGCCAGCCAUCCGAUCCGGAGACUUCCAAGGUCCUUUUCAGACGGCUGCAGCCACCAUGCACGGGCACCCGCCGCAGGAGUCUCCCACUUUGCCCGAGUCGUCUGCCACGGACCCCGACUAUUACAAUUCUCCCGGAGGAGCCCCACACGGCUAUUGCUCGCCUUCGUCGGCUUCCUACGGCAAAGCGCUCCAUCCUUACCAGUACCAGUACCAGGGCAUGAACGGAACCGCCGCCAGCUACCCAGCCAAAGCCUAUGCAGACUACAGCUACGCCAGCCCUUACCACCAGUACGGCGGCGCGUACAACCGGGCGCAGAGCGCAGCCAGCCAGCCAGAAAAAGAGGUGGCUGAGCCGGAGGUGAGGAUGGUGAACGGCAAACCAAAGAAAGUGCGCAAACCAAGGACUAUUUACUCCAGUUUUCAGCUGGCGGCCUUGCAGAGGAGGUUCCAGAAAACCCAGUACUUAGCCCUGCCGGAAAGAGCCGAACUGGCCGCGUCUUUAGGUCUGACGCAGACACAGGUGAAAAUCUGGUUUCAGAACAAAAGAUCGAAGAUCAAAAAGAUCAUGAAGAAUGGCGAGAUGCCCCCGGAGCACAGCCCUAGCGCCAGCGACCCCAUGGCUUGCAACUCCCCGCAGUCUCCCGCCGUGUGGGAACCGCAGGGCAGCGCCAGGUCUCUGAGCCACCAUCCCCACGCCCACGGGGCCAACUCCAACCCGUCGCCCGCCGCCACUUACCUGGAGAACUCCUCGUCCUGGUAUUCCAGCGGUAACGCUCUCAGUGGUCACCUGCAACCCCACGGCUCUCUACAGCACCCCUUAGCUCUGGCUUCUGGGACAAUCUACUAGAAUAGGAUUCUUUUUUAAAACAAAAAACAAAACCCUCUUUCCUCGUUUUAAAACUCUUUGCUUUUUUUGGACACUUGGCAGUUUUGUUGAUAAAAGGAAAAAAUGCAUAUGGUUGACUCUCUUUUUUCGGGUUUCCCUUUUUUUCAGGGAAAGGGGGGGAAACACUAUACAGGAUGAAAUGUGUACAGCUCCUGCAUGUAACUUAUUGCAUUUCAAAGGAAAUUUUCUCCCGCCCUCUUUUUUAUUUUUAUUUUUAUUUUUUAACCAAAAAAAGAGACACAGACGGACUUUGGGGUUGUUGUUGUUUUUUUGGGGGGGGGAUGAAUGGUGGCUUAUUUUUUACUUCAUCAACUGUGGACACUUUCGAAGGUGCCUUGAGAAAUCCGAUGACCUCAACCUCCCCCCCCCAGAGACUUUCAUUUCCCCCUCCCAACAAUGUCAUUUUAACCCUGUACAUAAGUGUAGAUAGAAGGAAUUAAACUGUAUAUUCUGAAUAAAUAAAAUUAUUUCCACCAUGAGAACAGGAGAAGAGAAAGAGGAAAAAUAUGACGCGUUUCCCCCUCUCUCCUUUUGUCGAAAGGGACUGGGGCGGGGGUGUGUGUUAUCUCAGACUUCUUUGCUCCACCUUUUAGAUUCAUUUUAUUUGUGGGGAGGGGGGAAGAUUGCCCCGUAUGGCCCGAUCCUCUGCUCACCAAUUUACCUGUAGGGCUGGGUAGUCGUUUAAAAUGUUGGACUGGGCUUAUAGAACACGGCACGUACAAAAUAACCCCCCCCCCAAUAACACACCUAUUUUAAAGCCUCCAUCAUAGCCUCCCCUUCCCCCACCCCAGCUUUACAAAAAGCGACUAACCCUCGAACGAAAAUGAUCUGGAGAUGAAAAGAAGUGCUGGGAAGUGGCUGAAGGGGGGGGUUGCAAAUCGCUCUGUGUGCUUCUCUCUACUAUAAAAGCAAUUAUCUGGGAGAAAGCCAGCAUCCCAUCGUCUAAUUAUACAAAUUACAUUUGCUUUUUUUAAGCUGCUAAACAGGGCAGAAGACUAAAAUGUGGACCAUCCCCUCCCAUCUCGAUUCUUUCUCUCUUUUUUUUCCCGGGUUGGGAACACAAAGGCAAUCUGCAAAACGGGGCCUGGGUGGCUGUUAGCCGAGGAGCCCUUUCAAAGGUGCAGACGAAGGCGAUCAUUAUCUUUUCCUUCGCUCCUGACGUCCUCCUCCUCUUCCCCGAAACUCCGCACCCUCCUCCAACCCAAUCCCGAAAUUAAAUUCCGGGCGAGCCACCCGAGGGCGACCGGAGAAUGGGGAGGGAAAGGAAGAGGGACCCUGUGUGGUCAUCCACACGUGGCAUCGCAGCCCUCUGGUUUCCGGCGUUGCGGGAUGGAAGCAAGAUGCUCGAAGGAAGAGGCCAGAUAGCUGGCUUUUUUUUUCCCCCCGUACGGACUGGAAAACAAAACGAACCCCCUGUUUUCCCCACCCAAAAAUUAUUUUGUCUUCCUGGAUCUCCGCUUGGCCCAGGAGCAAAUUGAGAAAAGAGUUCGGAGCAGGCUUGGAAAAGGCAAAAAAUAUUUUAAAAUGCAUUGGGAACCCUGACCCCGUCUGUAAGUAGGACGUAUUACAUCAGGAGAUACAGCAGCGAAGAAUAAUAGUUAGGUUGUAUUUUUUUUAAUGUUGUUGUUGUUAAAAAAGAAAGAGGGUUAGAACUUUUUUUAAAAAAAAAACCACCACCAUAAAAAUUACAUCCUGUCAUCUGCUGAUUUCAGUAAGAGAUGUUCCAGGGUUUGGAGACAAAAACCUGAAAAGGCACGCUUUGUAGCCUCGGGCGAAUUUACCUGUCUCUGGUAGUCUCUGCCUUUCUUUCCCAUCCCCCACCUUUCUUUCUCCUCUUUCGGUUUUGGUCUCCCCUUUUAAUUUAAUUUGGAGACAGAGAGAGAAAGAAAGAAAGAGAGGAGAGAGAGAGAGAGAGAGAGAGAGAGAGAGAGAGAGAGAGAGAGAGAGAGAGAGAGAGAGAGAGAGAGAGACGAGCCAUUGGGCGGGGGGCAGUAAUAGGUUUGCUGGAACAUUAUCUUGUGCACAUAUAUAUUAGAAUAAGAUAUUUGUUCGUUUGCAACGCGCGCGAUUCGGUGUGUGUGCGCGUGUAAACGCAGCUUCAAGCCACACGCGCCUUGCCCCAUUGUUCUCCCCCCCUCAGCGGCCGAACCUUCCCUUUCUUGUUUUUUUUUUUUUUGUGGGGGUGGAGAAGAGGAGAGCUUUUUCCAGGUCACCCUCCCCCCUAAAAAGAUCUCUUUCAAUAUGCAAUCACGCACUCUUUUUGCAGUGCUUUUCAUGGGUAUUUAGCAGAACAGGUAUAUAUCUAUCUAUCUCCUGCACCGUUUGAUCUGUUCAGCAUUCAGUGUGGGAUUCCCUGUUUCUACCACUGUUCAACUCUGGCCUGUUCUGUGGCCUACUUUCCAUUAAAAUAACCCUUCCUUCCUACGGCUUGGCAGUCUUUUUCUUUCUUUUGCAACAGAACCCCCCCCCAAAA